CAGAAGGGGCAGUUCAGAGAAGAGGUGAAUGCUCUGUGUUGGGGCUCAAUGCCCUGGAAUGAAAGCUGAGAUCCCCCCCAGAGCCCAUCCAACAUGACUCUCCUACUCUGCUUGUUGCUGCUUUCCCUCUCUGGUUUUCAGGCAACUCCUCCACCUUCCUUGUUCCAGCCUCAAAUCUCUGUGUUCAGCGGACAGGGAAACCCACAGAUCCUGUGCCAGGUGCUGGGCACCCCUGCGGGUGCUCAUGUCCUGUCCUGGUACCAGCAGCUUCCUGGGAAGGGGCCAACCUUUCUGCUGAGUCAGAGGGAGGGGGCUUCCCCAAGCUAUGGUCCUGGGGUGGCCCCCCGUUUCCUGGCUGAGCUGGACCCUGAGGAGAACAGCGCCCGCCUCACUGUGGGCAAUGCCAGGCCUGCAGAUACGGGCAUUUACUACUGUGCUCUGUGGAACGCCGGCCAGUACAUCUUUGGAGAAGGCACUCAGUUCCUCUAUCGGGCUGAGAAGUUGCCUCCAGCCCCCCUCUUUCCUCAGCUGAGCGUGCUCACUUCAGGCCCAGGCUCUCCGGUACUGUGUGUGGCCCAGGGGCACCAUGCUGGCUCUCCGAGGCUCUCCUGGACGCUGGGGGGCCAGCUCCGGAAAGGGGGAGCCGUGGAGAGCCUGCUGGAGGACAUGGAUAACGCGGUGGUCAGCAUCCUGCACCUGCCCAGCAGGGCUCUAGGAGGCACCGUGACCUGCCAGGCCCGCCCCGAGGGCCCGAGCUUGGCCGCCAUGCUGAGGCUGCCUCCUGAGGAGCACGGGUACCUGGACCAGUGGGCCCACGGGGAGGCCUGCAGCGGGGUCCAGGAGGACCAGGAUGCCCUAGCCCGCCUGGAGUGGAUGCUCACCGUGGCCGGCCGCUGCUACCUGGCGCUGCUGGGGGGCGCUCAGCUCUGGGUGCUGCUGCUCCUGCUCAGUUUGCGGGCCAGGAGACGCCCCGGACUGUCCGCUGGGGGGCGAGGGGGGAGCUCAAGUCCCCCACUUCUGUCGGCUUUCCCGUCCCUCCCACCCCUCUGCUCUCCCUUUUGCACUCAAAACAGUUUGUGAAUAAAUGCAACAAAACAUGAGGAAGUGGUGCGGAGGGCGCGAGGCAGGGGCGGGUGGGAAGGCCGAGCUCCAGACUGGGGACCCCUGAGAGCUGCCUGACCCUGGCUGCCCCCGGACGCCUGCCCGCACCGGGAGGGAGGAGGAGGGAGAGAAGUUCAUUCAUAUGACUUGGGAAAGCAGGUGUGGAAACGUUAACGUGUCCUUGGUGACACAUGAAAUAAAAGCUCUAGAACAACAUUUCCAGGCUAAUCCUGUGCCUCGGAGGUCUGCUUUUUUUCCAUUUUUUAAACCCUUGUCUUAGAAUCAAUACCAUGUAUCUGUUCCGAGGCAGAAGAAGAGUAAAGGCAAGGCAAUGGGGGUUAAGUGACUUGCCCAGGGUCACACAGCUAGGAAGGGUCGGAGGCCAGAUUUGGACCCAGGCCUGGCUCUUGAUCCACUAAGCCACCAGGAGGUCUCGAACUCUGCCCCAGGUCACUAAAGCAGCCCUAUGUCAAUAGAGCACUUGGUCUUGAGAGCGGACGACCCUGUUCAAAUGCAGUCUCAGACACUUAACUGGCUAGGUGGCGCUUCGGUCCUUUC